GACGACCACACACCAGAAGCUUGAGUGCUAGCAAACAACCGAGUGAGACAGAAGAGACCAUAGAUGGAAGCGUCAGCAAAAAAAAUACUUGCUUUAAUUGAGACUUUCCUUAUUUGUACCCAUAUUUUGUCAUUCAUCUAGUAACCGUAUGUCUAGCAGCGGUGCGUGUCGAGGGGCCAGCCUCGCUGUGUGAGCAGCGAACCUGAAACCAGGCCAGUGAACGUUGUUAGCCUAACUGCUAAACUUGCUGCUGGGCAGCUGGUUUUUCUCCUAGUUAGCAUCGAUGAGGAAACCCAGCACUGCUUCAGAUGCUGUGAAUAAGCCUGACCCGUCUGUCCGGAGUUAGCUAGUCGGCCGCUUGUCCUAGUACGAAGACAGCAGAAUGACAGAGGAUGCCAUCCUGCUGAAUGUACCUGUCAUUCGGCAGCUGUACCACUGGGACUGUGGGCUAGCCUGCUCCAGGAUGGUCCUGAAGUACCUCCACCCUGUCCACGAUGAGGAGUUUCAGAGGGCAUGCUGGGAGCUGAAGCUGACGGAGAGUGUGUGGACUAUUGACCUGGCAUACCUCAUGUGUCAUCUGGGAAUCAAACACUGCUUCUACACGCAGACUCUGGGCGUCGAUAAGGGUUUUAGGAAUCAGUCUUUUUAUAAGAAGCAUUUUGAGACAGAGGAGGACCGAGUGAAUGAGCUCUUCCUAAAAGCAGAGAGCAAAGGUGUGGCUGUGAGGAAAUGUUCAGUAACUGUUCAGGAAAUCCAAUCUCAUCUGGAGCAGGGCCAUGUUGCCAUAGUGCUGGUCAACGCUGUUGUCUUGACAUGUGAACUGUGCUCCUCGCCUGUCAAAUAUUGUUGCUUCCUGCCGGCGGGUCAGAAGUGUUUCUGCAGGAAGCCAGAGUACCAGGGUCACUUUGUGGUAGUGUGCGGCUUCAACAGGACCACAGGCUGUAUUUUCUACAACAACCCUGCAUAUUCUGACAGGGUGUGCUGCACCAGCAUCAGUAACUUUGAGGAGGCUCGGCGGAGCUAUGGGACAGAUGAAGAUAUCCUGUUCAUCUUUAAGGAGAGUUGAUGGGCAGCGAUGAUGACGGAUUUGGAUUUUUCACUCUUCCUCAUUAUUAUAUCUACAUCAUGCUGCUGCAGGCCUCCAGUACUGGACUCCCAUCAGCUGUCGCAGAUCCCCUGGGCUAUCCCCUCCGGUGCUAAAAAGCCUUGACUGCUCUCAAGAAAAACACUUGCUGCAGAAUCACUCUAUCUAGUUGACCUUGAGUUGUUUUGUUUUUUUAAUUCCUCUUUUGACAUGAGCAAAUAGUUUAAAUUAAUUUUACUGUGUUUGUUGAAUAUUAAUGGCUGCAGUUGCUAACAGAGAGAAUCUAUUGAAAUCUCCAACUGUGGGGAUUUCUAGACCUGUGAAACAACAGUGGAUGAAAUUAGUGAACCAAGACCUAGAAAAGGAAUUACCACAAAUAACGUUCAUAUAAUUCAAGGCUGAUGAUGAAAUCAUAUUUUGUUCUGUUUAGUGUUGAAGUCUGAACAGGCCGCCCUCUCACCUUUACCUGCCUUUUUAGGAAUCCUACUACCGCUCCUCUUGGUCACAAUUUAUUUAAACAAUUCUAUCAACAGGGAAUAGAGGAGCCGUAGUCGUCAUGUUUUGAGAGUCUCAGGUAAUUAAUGCCCUGAAGUGUGACAUGUGCAUCAAAUGACAAAUCUAUAGUUCAAUGCAAUACUCUACGGAAGUUUGUCUGGAAUUCAAUCUACCUGCAGAGGAACAUGGAUAGUUGAUGGACACAAUGAAACCUGAACUUAGCAGUUUCCUCCACUUCUCUGGUGAAAAAACAAAACAAAAAAAAACAGCUCUGCAUCUUUGUGUCCAUGGUAACACGCUGGUUAGAUGGGUGCAUUGUUUGGUUGAUUUGACCAUGUGGAAGAACAAAGGUGUAACUUGAUCAUGUUUUCUGCUGAAAGCAGUGAAACCUAGGUAAUUUCUACGCUCUCACCAAGUUGUUUUAUUUUUUAAUUUUGGUAUUAUGUAUGGAUUUUUGCACUACACUUUUCAUACCAGACAUAAUUGUUAUUUAAAGAUUUUACCACGAAA